AUGCGACAGAGGAUCAAGCAACUCGACCUAGACGGUCGCGAGGGCCACGAUGCCAUUUUUGAGGCCUCCUACCUGGACGAUGUUCCGGCCGCCUUGGAGGAAUGGGGAGCGUCUCGCAUCCUACUAGUCGUGAGCACAACCCUCGAUACCAAAACGUCCAUGAUCAAAGACUUGGAGGCUCGGCUAUCCCAUUGUGUGCUACAAAAGAAAACGGGAGUGGGAAGUCACUCCCCGUACCGAGACAUCAUGGAUAUUGCCCAUACCAUUCAGUCACAGGGCAUUCAGGCCGUCAUCUCUAUCGGGUCCGGUUCCUACUCCGACGCAUGCAAGAUCGCCGUCAUGCUCAGUGCGACUCUCCCAGCCGGCUUCGGCACUGACGAUAUGGAAGCCCUGGUCGAUCAGGUUUACGGUCUGGCUGGCCCCGACGGGAUCAAAGCACCCACCACCAAGCUCAUCUGCGUGCCGACCAGUCUCAGCGCUGGGGAGUGGAACCACUAUGCCAGCGGCACCAAUGCUCAGGGCAAGAAACAGCACUUUGUGCAUCCCGAGGGAUCCCCGAGCUUGAUCCUGAUGGACCCGCGGAUCGCCAGUACCAUGCCCUCACACCUGUGGCUGGCGUCGGGUGUGCGGGCUGUGGAUCAUUUCGUGGAGACACUGUGCAAUCCUGAGUGCCACGAGGAAGCCACGGAGCACAUCAAGAAAGCGCUGCCAAUCCUGAUCCGGGGUCUCAAGGAUUAUCACACCGGUCAGGAAAAGCAUGAUGAAGAGGAAUUGCUCAAAGGCAUUUCGGAAUGUCAGCGCGGCUCACGAGACGCUCUUCUGCCCUUCAUUCAAUGGAAGAUUCAUAUGGGGCCAAGCCAUGCGAUCGGCCAUCAACUUGGAAGUGUCGCUGGUGUGCAGCAUGGAGUAACGAGUUGCAUCAUCUUACCCGCGACGUUGCGAUACACCAAGCCUCAAACCGCGGCUGCUCAGGAGAUAAUUCUCGACAUCUUCAACUCGGUGUUGGGGUUCCAGGAGACUGAAGCCGCUGACGCUAUGUUGCGAUUUGUGCAACUCCUGGGGAUGCCAUCCCGGCUGUCCGAGGUCAACGUGACCAGUGACGAGCAGUUGCACAAGAUUGCCGAUAUGACUUUGACCGACGUCUUGGCAGAAAAAGGGAACCUGCCGGACAGAGCUGGUGUGCUGCAGAUCCUCGAAAUGGCUCGGUAA